CAUACGCCUAUCGUAAUCCUUGUCAUCUGACAUUGCGUCUGAGGCCGACGCUGACACCAUGCGUGAGGCUAUUUUGCGCUUGGUCAAGAAGCGAUUCUCUAACCUUAUCCUGAUGCCUUCCGAGCAGAUCGGGGAGGACAGGUUGUUGCUUGAGUUUGGCGUCGACAGCAUGAUAGCGUCCGAAUUCCGCGCUUGGUUUUGGUCCGUGUUCCGGGUUGAUGUUUCGUUCUUGGAUAUUAUGAGUGCUUAAACAUCUCUGGUGGUCUUGGCUGAGUUUGUGGAGGCGAAGUUGAAGGUGACUGCUAGUUAGAACAGCAUUAUGUCCGAGUUCUAACCCAUCAAGAAUACGCCAGCCAUGUAAUUGAAUAACUACAUGAUAUCCCACCUACUACUCGGUCCUUCUUUAAUUGCGGUGAUGCGCAAAAAGAAAUUCUGUCAUGAAUUAUGCAAAUGGGAC